AAUCGUAAAAGAGACAGGUGAAAAAAGCAUCCAAAAAAAUAACCAUAUAUAAUGCCUCUUUGUCCUUCACUUAUUCUCAUCAUACUUAUCAAGUUAUCAUCCGAGUCCUAAAGAUGAAGCUCUUCAUCAUUUUCGCCAUUGUCAUCCUCCUCUUACAGGCUCUUGCAGAGGCUUCAUCAUAUAGUACUGCAGCAAAUACUCUGGCUAAUAUGGAUGAAGGGGAAAACGAACUAGCGCUUCACAGUAAACAUAAACCCCAGAAAAUCAAUUGUAAUUAUGCAUGCUCAAGGAGAUGCAAAAAGGCAUCAAGAAAGAACAGGUGCACUAGAGCAUGCAAAAGUUGUUGCAUGAGAUGCCAUUGUGUUCCACCUGGUACCUAUGGCAACAAGAACGCUUGCCCAUGUUAUGCUCGCCUCAAAACCCAUGGAAACAAGCUCAAGUGCCCUUGAACUAUCGACGAGAGAAUGGGAGAAUUGGACAUUCAAAAUACAUUUUGAGUUCAAUACUUUCAUUGUUAUUAUGUACUUUUAUUGUUGUUAUUAUGUAAAGAAUAAAUGUUGAGACCGAUCGAGUCAGCGAUGAUGCCAAUCUAGCUUAAUAAGUGCAUUCUAUAAUUUCUUAAUUUACUUGAUAUUUUUGUUGGUAA